GCGCGAUAUCGGCAAGCAACCAUAGGAUUGCGCCCUUCGAGAAAAAUCCUUGACUCAAUUAUGAAGAAAUCGACUCUGAUCGGGAUGGGGCAGAGACAAGGACGUAUAUAGUUGUCGGUCGUCCCAGUUGAAUAGCCCCGAAACUAUGCCUGGCAACCUCAAAUUCUACUACUUGCUGGCCAGUCCAUGUUCUAGCAUAUCAAUGGAACACACCUUAAUACUAUACACUUUAUCGUAUCAACAAUGUUUGGCAAGGAUGUAGAGAAGACGCCAACUCGGAGGCAGUCGUCACCAUGCCCUUCUGAAGGCAAUCCAGAGGACCUUCAAGACCUCCAUCACACUAUUUCAAAUACAAACGCCCCCCCUCCGGUCUUUGAUCCUGAAAGUUUCGACCCACCAGAUGGAGGCUUCACAGCUUGGUCUCAAGUUCUUGCUGGUGUCUUCAUCAAUUGCUUGGCAUGGGGCUACCCCGCCUCCUUUGGUGUAUACCAGCUUCAUUAUGAAGAAUCGCUUGGAUUGCCCUCGUCUCAGAUCUCUUGGAUCGGUUCCUGCCAGACUUUCCUGACGUUCGCGUUCUGUGGCCCAGCUGGCCGUCUGGCCGAUGCUGGAUAUACCAGAGAGACUGUCGCCUUCGGAAGCUUCCUGGCUAUCUUGGGAACCUUCAUGACCAGUCUGUGUAAAGAGUAUUGGCAAAUAUUCUUGUCACAGGGUGUUUGCACAGGCAUUGGCUUAGCCUUGCUAUUCAUGCCUGCUGUGACUGUUGUUGGUUCGUAUUUCAAAGCCAAGAAGGCAUUUGCUCUGGCGCUGGCUGCAACGGGCACUGGGCUGGGUUCCAUCAUCUUCCCAGCCACUCUCCAAUAUCUCAUUCCACAAAUAGGUUUCCCAUGGGCCGUCCGCUGUGCUGGUUUCGUCGCUCUCGUCUUGAUAGUUGCCGCAAAUCUCAUACUAAAGCCUUACCUCGCCCCGAGAAAAUCAGGGCCCUUGAUAGAAUGGGAAGCCUUCAGGGAACUCCCCUAUUUAUUGUUCGUGCUGGGCGCGUUUCUGAACUUUUAUGCCUUAUACUUUGGUUUCUUUUAUAUCAACGUUUAUGCUCGCAACGUAAUCGGGUUUACAGCAGUUGAAGCUGUCAGCUUGCUGCUGAUUGUGAACGCAAUGAGUAUUCCUGCACGGCCUAUAAUGGGAUACCUGGCAGACAAUAUCCUGGGACCGAUAAACGCAUUCCUUAUUGGGAUGACUGCACUCAGCGUCAUGGUGUACUGCUGGAUUGGCGUUAAGUCCGUCGCCGGCAUGUACGCUUUCUGCGUCUUCUUUGGAUUCGUGAACGGCGCAUGUCAGGGGACAUUUGUUGGUGCUAAUGCGAGCUUGACCAAAGAUCCCCGUAAAAUGGGUACUCGCUUCGGUAUGGUUCAGACGAUUUCUGCAUUUGCCAGCUUGGCUGGACCCCCGACUGCUGGUGCCAUCCUGGAUAAAUCGAAUGGCAAUUUUGUAUAUGCACAGAUUUGGGGUGGUACUGUUUUUCUGUUUGGUGCUCUCAUGAUUGCUUCAUCUCGAGUUGCGUCAACUGGAUUUGUUCUGAUGAAAAAGAAAUAAGAGGCACAAGAUUGGGCAAGUACACUAAUACAAGGAUUCGGCGUUUACUUUGAAUAAGAAGGCAUAGGCUCUUAAGUAAGACAACAAGUAAAUGGUAAUGUCUAAAGCGAAUAUAAUGAUAUAUCAAAGGCCUUUUUAUAUCCUG